AUGGCGGACUGGUUUCUACUCCCUAAAGAACUCCUGGAGGACAUCACCAAAUGCCUCGGCAGCUCAUUUUAUCUCCUCUGUUUCCUAUCCCUCUACUCAUCCUGGCGAUCAUCAAUCCCUUCCAGACCUCGCCCCUUACCCGGUCGAUUCCCCUUCCUCACAAACUACGGCAUCUCCGACUCCACCCUCAGUUUCCACCUCUCUAAACGCACCGUUUUCCUCAUCGGACAGCCCAAAAGCCCGAAUCGGUGGCUGGUCAAGAUCCAAGAGGACUUGCCCGGCCGCAUGCACUUGCUUAAUCCCCUCUCGUGGUUACCGCUGAGUCCUCUGCCGGAGGCUUUCCCAAAGGUAAUGGAUUUAUCGAGGUUUUGGAUUUUCGAUUUGGGGGAGGAGUAUGUUCUUCAUUGUGUGAAUUUUAGGCCUUUGGUUAAUGUUCUGGGCGGUGCUGCUAAUUUGUAUAUGGAAAAGGUGGUGUUUAUGUGUUUUGGGAGUUGUUGUUGA